AUGUUGGAGAUGGGCGCCACUCACGACCACGUCGCUCAGACCCUCGGCUGUCACCGCGUAACAGUGUCCAGACUCGUCCAACGAUAUCGACAGACUGGCCAGACUACUGAUAGACCCAGAACUGGCCGACCCAGGGUUACAACACCACGCGAGGACCGGUACCUGCGCACAUUGCACUUGCGCAACCGUUUCCUGACGGUGACGUCAUCGGCGGCGUUGGCGUUAGGUCGUCGUGUCAUUCGACACACAGUGACCAGGCGGCUUAGAGCUUUUUGGCAUCAGGGCUUACAGACCGUUCCGGGGACAGCAGCUGACCCAGGCACAUCGACAGAGACGACUGGAGUGGGUACGGCGAAAGUACGACGAUGGCAGCGACGUCAAUGGCAGCGAGUGCUCUUUAGACGACGAGCAGAUUUCUCUUGUACCCGAAACGAUGGCAGGGCACGGGUUUAUCGUCGUACUGGAGAACGACAGGCCGCCUGUUGCGUUCAGGAGGUCGUUCCCUAUGGAAUGGGAAGUGUGAUGGUGUGGGGAGGCAUUUGUGGAGAACAAAAGACGCCACUGGUCAUCGUCAAUGGCAACCUGACGGCCAGACGGUAUAUCGAUGACAUUCUUCGCCCCACAGUACUGCCAUUUCUGCGCAAUCGCCAACAGGGCAUCCUGCUUCCAGCAUGA